AUGGACACCCUCGUUGUGGCUAAAAAUGAUGCACUGGUGAAGGUAUCGACCCUCGAGGUUGAACUUCAAAAUGCUCGAGGGAGCAACUUGUUUCAGGCUGGCAGAAUAGCCGAACUUGAGGCUGGUCUUGCAAAGGCCAAGACCGAAGUUGUGGAAGUCUGGGCCGAAGCCAGAGAAAUACAAGCCAAGGCCGAUAGGACGCAAGCUAAGGCAGAUGAGGUUGAUGCCAAAAUUUUCCUUUCCUCCGAUGAUGAUGAUGACGUCGAAGAUGAUGAAGAGGAGGAUUUUGCCGAAGAAGCUAUCCCCCGGGAAGAGGCUGGUCCCCAAGGAGUGACAGGUCCGGGGGGGAAUGCCCCUCUGGUGUAG